GGUACAGCAAGCGUUGGAGAAACUGGGUACAUCGAAUGCAAGCAAUUGCUUCGUUACAACAUCCAACUUUUCUACGAUUUAACCUCUUUUAACUUACAAAAUUGUAUUUGGAUUUACUAGAAGACUCGUCAAUAAUUGCAUUAAGUCAAGAAAGGCUUUCUUGGAAGUUUUAUGCGGUCAACAACUCGUUCUAAUCGACGGCUCUCCGACGUCGGAUCGGAAAGGCAUUGUCGAGGCAGGUCGUGCGGCGCCACGAGAUCGCCGAAGUUCCAAAGGGCUCGGCUGGGACAAGGAUUCCAUGUAACCAGCGAUUACUUUUGGAUCAUUUUUUCAUUCUCAUAAGGAAGGUUACCAGCCGAGGAUUGUGAAAAUUCGUUCAACAGAGGGAUUAUUGCCGUCGUAGGGGAGGGGAAUCAAUCGAGACAAAGGAAAGGGGCUUAAAAAUCAACAAUAAAGAUCGAGAGAUCGGAGGGUCGAAGUGUGUUCUCCGCCGCGGAGGAUUGGCAUUGUCCGACCGCUUGUGCGCACAGGGAGGGGUGGCGGACUAUCGCACAUCAACUCGGAUUACUGAAGUAUCCCCCAAUUUCCCUCAAAAAAGGAUACAUUCAAGAUGUAUCCACAGGGCCGGCAUCCGGCACCACACCAACCAGGGCAGCCUGGCUUCAAGUUCACCGUGGCCGAGUCCUGCGACAGGAUCAAAGACGAGUUUCAGUUCCUGCAGGCCCAGUACCACAGUCUCAAAGUGGAGUACGACAAACUGGCCAAUGAGAAGACAGAGAUGCAGCGUCACUAUGUCAUGUACUAUGAGAUGUCCUAUGGGCUGAACAUUGAGAUGCACAAACAGACUGAGAUUGCUAAACGGCUCAACGCAAUUCUCGCACAGAUCAUGCCUUUCCUGUCACAAGAGCACCAGCAGCAGGUCGCUCAGGCUGUUGAGCGUGCCAAGCAGGUCACGAUGACUGAGCUCAAUGCCAUCAUCGGGGUACGUGGACUUCCCAAUCUGCCUCUCACCCAACAGCAGCUCCAGGCUCAACACCUGUCCCACGCUGCCCACGGUGGGCCACCCAUCCAAAUGCCCCCGCACCCCUCGGGCCUGCAGCCCCCCGGCAUACCCCCCAUCCCGGGCGUGGCAGGCUCCGGUCUGCUGGCGCUGGGCGCCCUGGGCAGCCAGGCCCACCUGCCCUCCGUCAAGGACGAGAAGAACAACCACGACCUGGAGCACAGAGAACGAGAGUCGAGCACGAAUAACUCGGUGUCUCCGUCAGACAGCCUGCGUGCAGCCAGCGACAAGCACCGCAGCUCCUCUGAUUAUAGCAUGGACUCCAAGAAACGCAAGGUGGAGGAGAAGGACACUAUGAGCAGAUACGAUAGCGAUGGAGACAAAAGUGACGACCUGGUCGUGGAUGUGUCCAAUGAGGACCCAGCCACUCCCAGGGCCAGCCCCGCCCAUUCUCCUCCAGAAAACGGUCUGGACAAAUCACGGGCCCUAAAGAAGGACGCCCCCAACAGCCCCGCCUCCGUGGCCUCCUCCGGCAGCACGCCCUCCUCCAAAGCCAAGGACCACGCCCACAAUGAUAAGUCAUCCACGCCGGGCCUGAAGUCUAACACCCCCACACCUCGUAAUGAUGCCCCCACACCAGGCACCAGCACCACCCCUGGUCUACGGCCCAUCAUGGGCAAGCCCUCGGGCAUGGAGGCACUGGCAGCUCCAGCCCUGCGUACCCCUUUGUCCAUAGCUGGCUCCUACGCCACGCCCUUCGCCAUGAUGGGCCACCACGAGAUGAACGGCUCCCUGACCAGCCCCGGGGUCUACGCCGGACUCCACAUCUCCCCCCAGAUGAGCGUGGCCGCUGCUGCGUACGGACGCUCGCCCAUGGCGGGGUUUGACCCUCACUCCCACAUGAGACCAGGCCUGCAAGCCAGCCUCACGUCCAUCUCUGGAGGAAAGCCUGCCUACUCCUUUCAUGUGAGCGCGGACGGCCAGAUGCAGCCGGUGCCCUUUCCCCCGGACGCUCUCAUAGGCCCGGGCAUCCCACGCCACGCCCGCCAGAUCAACACGCUGAGCCACGGCGAGGUGGUGUGCGCCGUCACCAUCAGCAACCCCACGCGCCACGUCUACACCGGCGGCAAGGGCUGCGUCAAGAUCUGGGACAUCAGCCAGCCGGGCAGCAAGAGCCCCGUGUCCCAACUGGACUGCCUGAACAGGGACAACUACAUCCGCUCCUGUAAGCUCCUCCCUGAUGGCCGCACCCUGAUUGUGGGUGGUGAGGCCAGCACGCUGACCAUCUGGGACCUGGCCUCUCCGACGCCACGUAUCAAGGCGGAGCUCACCUCCUCGGCCCCCGCCUGCUACGCCCUGGCAAUCUCCCCCGACGCCAAAGUGUGCUUCUCCUGCUGCAGUGACGGGAACAUCGCCGUCUGGGACCUGCACAACCAGACCCUGGUCAGGCAGUUCCAGGGCCACACGGACGGAGCCAGCUGUAUUGACAUCUCCCACGAUGGGACCAAGCUGUGGACCGGAGGUCUGGACAACACCGUCCGCUCAUGGGACCUGAGGGAGGGACGCCAGCUCCAGCAGCAUGACUUCACCUCCCAGAUCUUCUCUCUAGGCUACUGCCCCACAGGGGAGUGGCUGGCAGUGGGCAUGGAGAGCAGCAACGUGGAGGUUCUCCAUCACACCAAGCCUGACAAGUACCAGCUUCACCUGCAUGAGAGCUGCGUCCUCUCGCUUAAGUUCGCCUACUGUGGUAAAUGGUUUGUGAGCACGGGGAAGGACAACCUCUUGAAUGCCUGGAGGACUCCCUAUGGUGCCAGCAUAUUCCAGUCAAAGGAGUCCUCUUCCGUCCUGAGCUGCGACAUCUCUGCAGACGACAAGUACAUUGUGACGGGCUCCGGAGACAAGAAGGCCACAGUGUACGAGGUGAUCUACUAGAAACACCAGUUUGACCCCUCCUACUGGCCUGACAAGGGGAGCUGCUAGCCCCUCCUCCUCCUCUUACUUCACUCACCACACCCCCUAACCUCAAAGACCACCAGGGAUUGGACUACAGACAAUGUCGGCCGAUACCGCUCCCAGAUUGGUGCUCAGAAGGCACCAUGAACUGCGAUUGGCAGUUGGCCUGGCUCUGAUUGGCUAUCGCUGCAGACUGUAAGCCUAUGGGCACUAAAGAUGUAAAUUGUCUUGCUGUUUUUAAUGGGUUCCUGGGCUUGUUUUUAACGUGAUGAAUGUUUCUGUCAUGUGACUGGACGAAGCGCCGCUUUGUCUUUACAACAGUUGCUCCCUGGACGUCUUGUGAAAAUUGUACAUAAUGGAGUAAAAGACAUUUUAUAUAUAUAUAUUAUAAAUAUAUAUAUCUAUUUUCAUGUCCUGGUGUACUUGUGACGUUUUUGCUUUCGGCCUCUCCCUUCUGCUUGAUAUUCAAGGGAGAACAGAAAGUAGAAUAAGCCUUUUUUUUUUUUAAGGAUUUUUUUUUUUUUGGGGGGGUUGUUGAAGCGUGUUCUCCAGGCUGACCUUUUUCCAAAUCAAAUGGAAAUGUCUCUCCAAAAACGAAAUGGUCAACCAGAACACUUUUUGCAGAUUCAAAUGUGAGUUUUGGGAUGGUGCCCUUUUUUUUGGAGCUACGAAAAUGUCUGGGAAGUGGAGCCUGCCGGCUCAGGCAGAGCCACGGAAGUCCGUGGAAUACCACAGGACCCCCGCUUGGACCGGCCUAUCAGAGGAGACUGGGGGAUCGGCGAGAGGAGGAGAACAAUGUAAAUUAAAACGAUAUUAAAGAAACUAACUGUACUACUUUCUCUGUGCCCUUUUUGACCCGUCUCUUUUACGUCUUGGAUUAUUUUUUGGGUGGUCUGGUUGAUGUUUAACGAUGGACUUAAAUUCUACUGGAUUAUUACUAAUACAGACCGGGCUUUGGCUAGCCUGACACAAUCUGAACAUUGAGUCUGGACCUAGAUCUUGCCGAUGUAGAACAAGCCACAGGGUCAUCUAGACGGGGGGGUUAAGGAGAACAUGCUUCUAUGGAGUCCAUUGAUUUGAUCCUCUAUCAUUUAUCAGUACAUCAUCUUGGACUAACCGGACUUGGAUGGAAGUCAACGAAACUAUUGGAUUCCACUCAAACGAUAUACAGUGCCUGUUAAGUGCUAGGGUUGGCUAUUAGGAUCUUUCAAAAUGUAAAACAGAAGUUAGCAUUGUGACCAGCAUCUACAUAAUGUUCAGUACCGAGGAGGAGGAAGUUGUCCCUAGACACUGAUCUGUUUUGUCCCCAAAUGGUGCUGAGGGUAAGAUGCUCUGUGUCUAAGGGGAAUUUCUUCUUUUACCGUUCAGCUGUUGGGGUGAACACACAAAUUCUUCACUGCGCCCUAAUACCUGCCUUUCCUUCAGUCAUAACGAGGGGUGAAAUGUGAGCGUCUCCAAUUCACAACCAAAGUAUGUAGCAAAACUGUGUCAGCACUGAACAUAAUGUACAGUUGAUGAUAAUUCAAUAAACUGUGUUUGUUUUGUAGAAAGACUUCCCAGUUCAUUUCAAUG